GCGGAAUAAAAGUAAUGUUUGUGUUGUUCACGUUGAUGGUCGGUCAGUUCAGCAGUGACAUGAAAGUCAGCUGCCAGACAAGGCGGGAGUUGCUUCGGGUAUCAGUGUGGCAGCUUUUCCCCGACAUGAGGGGCGAUUAAAAUUAUCAGAUACUGCGAUUCUUCCAGUGGCCACCUCCCCAGCUCCCCGCCGCCAGUGGUGUGAUACAAGUAGUAAUCUUAUCACUCUUGUCUUGACUCGCCUGUGGAGUGUUGGCGGUGGAGUGAACACGUAGUACCUCUGGCAGCAUCACCUGGCGGCGCUGGUAACGCGGAGAAACAUAGGUGUUGAAGCUGCUCUUCAUCCACCCAUGCUGCCCCUCUCACCGCAUCAAAUUUUCUCAAUACUAAUUCCUUUGGAUCUUCAUUAAUGCGUCUACCCCCGUGAGUGAGCCACAUGAAGCACACGUCAGCAUCACCACCCUUGGCUUGACACGCUCCCACAGCAACAAGGAGCAAGGAGGCGGAGUGUGACGCGCGUUGUGGCACCAACACAGAGGCAGGCAGCCUGAAGCAAGGGCAGUAACACAGAGGCAGGCAGCCUGAAGGAAGGCCAGCAACACAGAGGCAGGCAGCCUGAAGGAAGGCCAGCAACACAGAGGCAGGAGUUUGAGCCAUGGAUGACAACGUGGAGGAGUGUCCAGUGUGCCUCACCACCUUUGACGACACCCUCAGGCGGCCACGCAACCUGCCCUGUGGCCAUACAGUGUGCUCGCCGUGCAUUGACGGACUGAAGCAGCAGGGUGCCAUCACGUGCCCCACCUGCCGGGCGAGUCACGCCGUGCCCGAGGCGGGCCAGUUCCCCAUCUCCUAUAUUACAGAGGGCCUUAUCAGGAGACUGAGAAGACUGGCCUCUCUGCCAGCCGAGCCAGGGAAGCAGGCAGCCCCACCAGUGACACGGCCUGCACCAAAGGCGACAACGGGAUUCAGCAGGAAGGCACAGUCCCUGCUGCAGGAGCAAGAAGUGAAGGUCCUGGCUGCCAUCCGCUCCUGCCAGGAGGAGCAGAGCCAGCUGGCCGAGUAUCUGACAACCCUCGGUGGCUGGAGCAGUCGCCAGCAGCGGCUGCAAGACGAGCCGCAGACUCUGGUGGACCAGAGCAAGAGUGCCCAGGAGGCGGUGCACCGCGAGGAGUCCCGGGUAGAGGGCAGGCAGGAGGAGGUGCGGCAGAAGGAGCAGCAGCUGCACGCCGCGCUACAGUCGCUGCGCACGGCCGCAACACGGCAGGAAGCUUACGAGGUCAUUGAGGACACAGACCUUCUGGUGGAGAAGGACAGUCAGACAGAGGGGUGUCUGGGAGUGUUUCCCAACGUCCACGCCGUCACCACCGUCACCAGGGUGGGUGUGGCCUCACACUUGUUGUGCUUGCAGGUCACUCCUCUGGCCACGGUGGCAGAGGCAUCGCGCGCAGCCCUGCAGGCCGCCACCGCUGCCGCUGCUGCCACACAGGCAGCCCUGAAGGCAGCGGGCACUGCUGCUGCAGCCUCGGGGGACUCCAGCCUCCCAGCAGCCUGGGCCGAGGCCUCCUCCAUCGCGGAUAGGCUGCAGGCCCUGCUGGCGCCGCCCCUGACGGCCGAGGACCUGCACAGCCUAACACAGCGUGCCAGGGGCCUGGUGGAGGCCGGCCUUGUCUUCGCCGUCCACGACGUGAAGGGACAGACUCGGCACGCAAGGAUCAGCCUUGAAGACGGCAGCCUUUACCUCCACUCCCUGCAGGCCCAGGUCCUGCCGAACUUCAUCGCCACCCUGCAGAUGGGGAAGGUGGUGCCGGCCGCCCCCCCCUGCGAAGUGUUCCUGGACCUGGCGUGGCCCGGCAGCGCGGCGCGGCGGGUGGUGGUGAGUCUACCCCAGGACACCCCCAGGGGCCGGCAGUUCAUGCUGCUGUGCUCGGGCCAGCGGGGCGCCUGCUACGCCAACACCAGGCUGUUUAACGUGAUGCGUGAGGGACAGCCGGGGGAGUGUGUGGUGGGAGGAGACUACCAGACAGGUGAUGGGAGGGGAGGAGCCGCCCUGCUGCCUCACCUUGACCAGGGUGAGUACUGGCAGUCAGGCAAGGCGGGGGCUGUGUGGUGGUGGCGGUGGCGUGGUGACCCUGCCCGUGGUGCUCAGUUCAGCAUCACCACCCGGGGCGUGCAGCGUGGUAGUAUUUGGUGUGGUGUCUUUGGCCAGGUGGUGCGGGGCCUGGAGGUGGUGCAGGAGGCAGCCCAGCACCGCCCCGUUACUGAGGUGACUGUGGUGCAGUGUGGCGUGGUGCUGUCAAGAUAGUGCUGCACCACACCACACACCACACACCACCACACCACACCAUUGCCAAUAUUAUUUUUUUUUUUUAAGAGGAAAGAAGCAAACACACACACACACACACACACACACACACACACACACACACACACACACACACACACACACACACACACGGACACACAGACAGACAGACAGAUAGACAGACACAUACAGACAGACACACACACAAAGUUCAGCGUGCAUGUCGUGGUGCUGGCAGUGUGUUGUGAUGGUGGCGGUUGUUGGUGUAAAUACUGGCGGCAGGACACACCACUUCACACAUUGGUCCUUCACUAACAACACAAAUAAAGUUUUCCUCAGCAAACACUUCUGUCACCAGUGUUCACAUCACUGGUCCACACUGUCUCAUCUUGCUUCUCCUCAAUAACAUUAUUGUACAAACACAAA